AUGUCCUCCGGAUUUGUUUCGGAGCGUACCCUACGAGAGAAUGAAGCAACUCAGAAUGCAGAAGAAAACGAGGAUUGGGCAGCAGCCAAAGCCCGUGUAGCAGGCCUGCAGGAAAGGAAUAAAGAACCAAAGGAGUCCGUGGAUGACCGAUCCCUCUUCGACCGCCUCCAAGAAAACAAGCUCAAGAAGGAGGAAGCGCGUAUGGAAGCCGCAAAAUUCUCUAAUCUCAUCCGUCGGCUCGACGAUGACGAAGUUGACUUCUUGGCGGACGUACAAGAACAGAAGCGUCGGGAGGAUCGAGAGAAGAGGGAGGAGAUGGAGAGGGAGAUGGAUGCAUUUAGGCGAGCGAGGUAUGAGGCGGAGCAGGCGACGGUUACGGCUACGGCUACGGCCACGGCCACGGAGCCGCCAAUAGCGCUGAAGAAGGAGGUGUCGAAGGAGGAGACAAAGAAACGGAAGAAGGAGAAUGUGUUGGUUGGGCUGGUUGUGAAGAAGGCAAAGGGUGCGGCUGGUCCGCCAAGUGUUAUGAAAGACACCGAAAACAAGGAGAAGCCGCUACAGAAGGAGGAAACACCGAAAGAGACUGCAAAACCUGCGCCGAUAAUACCCGAACCAUCAAAACUCACAGAAGAGCCACCAACAGCAAAACCAGCUGGGUUAUCCGGCCUAAUAGCUUACGGUUCAGACUCAGACAGUGACUGA